AUGGUUGUUGCUCUUGGCAAGCUAACCAAUCUUGAAGGUUUUGUUCGUCAGGCUGAUAAUUUAAGGCAACAAACCCUUCAUCAACUGCACCGGAUACUGACAGUUCGGCAAGCUGCAAGAUGUUUUUUGGUGAUUGGAGAGUAUUAUGGACGAUUACGAGCCCUAAGUUCCCUCUGGGUGUCUGGACCGCGAGAGUAA